UUUUCUUUAGAAAAUUUUUCAUUUUAUUAUUUUUUUGAAAUAAAAUAUAAAUGUCUUCACAUACUGCUACAAAAAUUAAUCAAAAAGAAUACCUUAAAAAGUAUUUAUCCGGCGAUAAAAGCAAGAAAAAGAAAAAAGACAAGAAACACAAAAAAUCAUCAACUUCUGCUGUUAAAGUGAAAAUUAUAGAUGAUGAUAUCAAUAAUUUAGAUAAUGGACCAGAAAUUGAUGAAGAAUUGCUGCUGACUGGUGAUGAUGCUCCUCAGAUAGUGGGUGAAUAUAUAGAAGAAAACCCACGUGAAAGUAAAGUGCCAAAAUGGAAAAGUAUUGUUGUAAAAGAUGAGCCGGAGGAUGAUAGAGUUGACAAUCGACAAAAUGAAUCAGAUUUAUGGGGACGUAAGGCCGGUGAUAUACAAAUCAAGCAGGAAUCUUCUAGAGGUAAGAAAAAGACAAUACGUUCUCCUGAUAACUCUCCACCGAGAAGAAAGGAAAGAAAACGUAGAUCAUCAAGCCCGCAGCAAAAGCGGCACAAUACAGAUUCACCGCCAAGAAAAUCUAAAAAAGAUAAGUCACCUUCCAGACGUAGGAGAAAUGAGGAAUCUCCAGAUGUAAGUCAUAAAAUCAAAAAGGAACCUCUGUCUCCAAACUACAGAAAACGAGAACAGUCUCCAGUGAGACGGCAGGAUACAUCACCACCUAGACGUAACAGAAAUUCUGAUCAAUCACCUCCUAGAAGAGGAAAAAGCCCGGCUAGAAAUGAAAGGAAAAGAUCUUCCGACCAAUCUCCUACAAGAAGAGAUCGAAAACGAUCAGAAGAUAAUUCACCACCAAGACGUAGAAGAAAUUCUACUCAUUCACCACCCCGAAAACAGAAAAGUCCGACGAGAAAUGAAAGAAAAAAAUCGCCCGAACAAUCUCCUCCAAGAAGAGAAAGAAAACGUUCCAUGGACAAUUCUCCACCUCGACGAAGAAGAGGCUCCAAUCAAUCACCACCCAGAAGAGUCAAAAGUCCAACAAGAUAUGAAAAAAGAAGAUCGCCUGAUCAAUUGCCAACUCGCCGUAGAAGAGAUUCCGAUCAAUCGCCUCCUAGAAGAGGCAAAAGUCCAGCUAGAAUUGAAAGAAAGCGUUCAACGGAUCAAUCGCCACCUCGACGUCCCAAUAGAAAUACCCCUCCCCGACGAAGAAGAGACUCCGAUCAAUCGCCUCCUAGAAGAGGCAAAAGUCCAGCAAGAAAUGAACGAAAACGUUCACCCGAUCAAUCGCCACCUCGACGUAGAAGAAAUUCAAGCGAUCAAUCUCCCCCACGUCGUAGAAGAAAUUUGGACCAAUCACCGCCAAGAAAAGGUAAUAGUCCUGAUCAGUCACCUCCCAGAAAAAGCCGACGAACACCUGAUCAGUCGCCGCCACGCCGAAGAAGAAAUUCUGAUCAAUCACCUCCACGAAAAAGUACAAAUGCUUCCCCUAAAUCAAGAAAACGUUCACCAGAUCAAUCACCACCUCGAAGACGAAGAGAUACAUCACCGCCAACACGUAUAAAAAAAGAAAAACUAUCGGUAAGCUUAUCACCACCUCCACCACGACGUUCUAGAUGGGAAAGAGAAGAACAAGAGAAAAGUCUAUCACCGCCACCUACCCAUAAACCAAAACCUGGCCGUACCUUAGAGGGUAAAAAGGCAGGUCUACAAGAUGCCCAGUCUCUACAAAAAGAAACCAUGGAAAGACGUAGACAAGAAGAAAUACUUUUUGAGAAAAUGUCUUCAGAUGUAUCCGGACGUAAUGCCGAGGUACAGGUGCGUUCAACUGGCCGUAAAGGACGGCGAGCAAAAGAAGCUGCCGAAGAAGAUCCCGAAGAACGACGACGCAAAGAAGAACAUGAAGAAAGGAAAAAACUACUCUACGAUCGUUGGGGUAAGGGUCUUAAACAAAUAGAAGAUCAUAAAAAUCGCAUGCUCGAGCAGGCACAUGAAAGCAGCAAACCUUUGGCUCGCUACGAAAACGAUGAAGAUCUCGAGAGGCAUCUUAAAGAACAGGAAAGAGCCGAAGAUCCUAUGCUGCAGUAUAUGCGACAAAAACGUAAGGAGAAAGAAAAACAGUCGGGUAAACCACAAAUUCCUCGCUAUGAAGGUUCCUUUCCCGAAAAUCGUUUUGGCAUACGUCCCGGUUAUCGUUGGGAUGGUGUAGAUCGUUCGAAUGGUUUCGAAAAGAAAUACUUUGCGGUACAGAAUGAGAGACGUGCACGACAGGACGAAGCCUAUAAGUAUAGUGUGGAAGAUAUGUAAAGAGUUUAUUUGUGUGUUUGUAGUUCGAUAGAUAUCUGUUUCUAUUGUUUAAGUUAAACUUUAUAGGUUUUUUUAUAAACUUUUAAAUACAUACAUAUGUACUUGUAAAAGAUAAUGUUGAAUAUAAAUCAUUUUAUUUUUCUUAAUACAAUUGAAUGUGUUUGAUUACAUUAUAUUUUACCUUUUAAAUAUUCAAAAUUUUGUUUUUUCAGACAGUCAAUAAAUUUUUCAAAAUUUCAAAAAA